AUGAACGAGACGCCAGAUCAUUACGAUUCUGAUAAUUCGCCCUACUCGAUCCGUCCGCUGCCACCAGUCCUUCGCAAUGGCCUCGCCGUGGUUGCAACAAUGGGUUUCCUCUCCUUCUUUACUAGCCUCGGCUUGUUGGUGUUCCUGACAUUCAAGCUGAUAUCAUGGCACAACGGACCGCCAAAGCUGAGGAAAGAGGAGGACCAAGUCACCAAAGUCGAAACGCCAACAACAGCAAAUGCAGCAUUUAUUAUCCCGAGCAACUGGGUUGCUGCUACUGAGGCAGCUGCCGAGAGGGCUGCACAAGAGAACUGGUGGCGAAGGGCGAUAAACGAGCCGCCGAACCAGUUUCUCGUCUUGAUCUUCAACUUACUCCUUGCCGACAUUCAACAGGCGUUGGCGUUUCUACUGAACGCCAAAUGGCUGACGAGAAAUUCAAUAGAGGUCGGCACGAAAACUUGCUGGACCCAGGGUUGGUUUGUUUCAACCGGCGACUUGGCAUCGUCCGUCUUUAUCACGGGUAUAGCGAUCCACACAUAUGUGUCGAUCGUUUUAAACAAGAAAAUCCCGACCUGGAUUUUCCACACGGCCAUAGCCAUGAUGUGGAUAUUCGUGUACGGAACAGGGAUCCUUACGGUCAUCAUUACAGGACAUGGAAAGGCUGAAGCCGGCCUUUAUGUUAGAGCCGGUGCAUGGUGUUGGGUCAACUCCAAAUACCAGGACAUCCGCCUGACUCUUCAUUAUCUCUGGAUAUUUGCUGCAUUGAUCCUCACUACCAUGAUAUACUUUGCAAUUUUCCUGCAUUUGCAGAGAAUAGCAAGGAAGAGCGGUGGCGUGAUCCUUUGCUGCAACGUUGCUGGGCACGAGUCAAGUUCGUCCAGCUCUAACGGAACCAGUCCAUCAGAUUGCAGUGUCACAAACUGGACGUGGAAGACAAGAAGCGUCAGCGACGGUCAAAGAUCCCGCAUAUGGCGCCCUAUAGGCUUGACAACGGUGUUAAGACGGCUCCCAGACAUACCGGAUUACGCCCGCCAGCACACCUUUCUCUUGUACCCCUUCGUUUAUGUCAUCUGCACCAUGCCUCUGGCGGCAGGCCGUCUCGCAUCCAUGGCAGGCCAUAAUGUCUCUCUGGCCUACUUUUGCUUCGCGGGAGCCAUGAUAGCUUGUAACGGCUGGAUGGACGUUGUCCUCUACUCGUCGACCCGGAGAUCUAUCGUAUUCUCCGCUGAUGGACCACCCACGCAAGAAGUGGGCUUAAAUACAUUCGCAUUCAUGUGCAACGCACCACCGAGAUUCGGCAAUACGACAACUAUUAUUAGCGGAGCAGAUCCCAGCGGGAACAGAAACUGCAGCAAGUGGAAUGGCAAACUUGCUCGGAAGGGGCCUAAAUCAGGCAGCCUCAAAGGGCUUACAGUCGAGUGCAAUGAGAGCACAGACAGCAUGAGGGGAUUCGGCAUGGGCGAGGGCUCUGUUAUGGGCAUGGCUAUCCAAUGCGAGAGAACCACGACUGUCUCUGUGGAGGAAGACAACACACCGACACCUCCAAUAAGAGCGAAAUUUUCCUCUUGUGAUAGAAAGAUGAGCAACGCUAGUUUUUUGAGUGUCGACUCAUUUCAGUCAUCAGGGUCGGGCUCUAUAAAGGAAUGA